CGAGGAGCCCGCAGGAGCCGCGGAGAUGCUGAAGUCGCCCUGGGCGCGCUUCUACUCCAACAGCUGCUGCCUCUGCUGCCAUGUCCGCACCGGCACCAUCAUCCUCGGCGUCUGGUACCUGAUUAUCAAUUCAGUGGUAUUGCUGAUUCUGCUGAGUGCCCUGACUGAUCCUGACCAGUACCACCUAACCAGUGCUGAAUUAGGAGGUGAAUUUGAAUUUAUGGAUGAUGCCAAUAUGUGCAUUGCCACAGCAAUUUCUCUUCUUAUGAUUCUGAUCUGUGCAAUGGCUACAUAUGGCGCAUAUAAGCAACAUGCAGCUUGGAUCAUCCCUUUCUUCUGUUACCAGAUCUUUGACUUUGCUCUCAACACCUUGGUGGCCAUCAGUGUACUUGUCUACCCCAGCACAAUUCAGGACUACCUCCAUCAGUUGCCCAAUAAUUUUCCCUACAAGGAAGAGAUUAUGUCUGUGAACCCUACAUGUCUGGUUGUGAUUAUCCUCCUUUUCAUAAGUAUCAUUUUGGCGUUUAAGGGUUACUUGAUAAGCUGUGUGUGGAACUGUUACCGAUACAUUAAUGGCAGAAACAACUCAGAUGUGUUGGUGUACAUUACCACCAAUGACACUGCGGUCCUGUUGCCACCAUAUGAUGAUCCUGUGAAUGGCGCUGCUAAAGAUCCACCACCACCUUAUGUGUCAGCAUAAGUGAGAGAAUGCUGUGUACCUAGGGAGGAUAGCUUUACUUUUCAGACAUUGAAGCAAUAGUUUGAUAAUUUCACUUCCAGGAUAUAAACUCUAUGGGUUAUACAUUGCUGUUUUGCUGACAUAUUGAAACCUGAAUUGUAUGAUUAAAAUUAUGUAGAUAGUUUUAAUAAUUUGCUGCAACUACAGUAGUGAUUCAGAAACUAGUGAACUAGUUUCAGAACAAUUCUGGGUAGUGCUAAGGUUAUGGUAGUCACUGAAUAGAUUUGUCCACCAUAUCUGACAUGCAGUGCUAGAGAACGUAGAACUUUGCAUUCUCAAUCAGGUUCAGAGUGUAACUUCCUUUUUUUUUUUUUUUUGUUUGAAAAACUUCCAAAGCAUUACAAAUGUGUUUCUCAGAUGCCCACUGUCACCUUCAGAAUACAGACCAAGUCAAAAAAAUGACAUUCCACUUCAUUCCUGUUCUGUGAGAAUUUAUUAAGUUAUUAUGCUAUGAAGGAUGAUGAUUGCAAGAAGAAUGAGUCUUACGCACUAUUCUCAUCAACCUGGCUAAUGGGAAACAAAUGUAAUUUGGAAAAAUAAGUAUAGGAAAUGAGAGUAGACAAACUCUGAUGUGUAACAAGCCAGAACCUGUGGUCUACACGGACUCACUUUGUCCCAGCCUGCAACCAUUCUAAUGCUCAAAAAAAAGAGUUCUCACCAACUUCUGGUAAUUUUCUUCUCCUGCCUAUGCACCUUUUUCCUCCCCAUCAACUUCACCAAUAGUAUUCUGAGGUCACAGAAUUCCUGCUUUCAAAGUCCCAUGGUUAGGUGACAAAGAUGCAUCUUUUCGCACUCAAUAUGCAAAUGUUUUCUCACUGGCAUGUGCCUGUAAAUAUCGCAAUGUUCUGCUGAGUGUGAACUAAAUUAUGCAGAUUCUAAGAUAUAUGUUCCCGACCUAUGGGAAAUUUAUGCAUGUAACUUCCUCAAGCGUUAGCAGAUAUGUUUUGUGUGGUUCUCAUAUACAUCAAUGUGGGGAUUUUAGAUUCCUCUUAUGACUGAACUGGUUGUGCUGAGAAUCUUUCUCAUGAGACUCAUCCAUCCAUGAAUGCUUGUGUGAGGUAUUUAUUUCUUCCCCAGAGAAGUGCCUCCUGCACAUGUAACUUUUUGUUGUUGAUGAAAGUUCUACUUUUAAUUGAAAAGGAACAGGAAAAGGAAAUACAAUGUGUGUCUCUACCUCUCAUCGUUUCCCCCUGUGUUGUUUCCUCUGCAUUUGGGGUGAUUGAAGAGGCUGAAGCUAGACUGAUGAGAUUGCACACCACCCCAGGUAAAGGGCAGUGCAGAGCUGAGCCACAGUUUGGAAGGGCACCAGCAGAAACCUAGGUGCUGUUUCUCCUGUGACUGGGCUGGCAUGUGAGUCUACACCUUUCCUAAGGAGGACACCCAUUCUCACCCUCAGUGCAUUGACUCCAUUCUACAGACUGAAGAAGAGUGGAGCAUUUCCUGCCUUUUUCUGGAAAAGAGCUUUCCAGGGGAACACAGGACCAACAACUUCUUUUCACAGAGGUUGCCACUGGGACCUGUCCUUGCAAAAGCCAGGGAAGGAAGGGCCAGACUGUUUUUGCCUGUCUCUUCCACCCCCCUGGGAAAAGGAAGGUCCCCAUCUGCUUGUUGGAUUUUUACUUCAGGGUUCAUCUACUCUGAGAUCAAACUGAGCAAUGCUUUUUGACUGAACCAGUCCUGAAGUCCAUUCAUUGAUUUCUGUCACAGUCCUAUUGCUUCCUUCAGAACAACUCCAUGUAUUAUUAUCUCAUUACAGUUAUCUUUGGGAAUCAAUCUGAAUUUGGGGGUUGGGCUGGCUGACUGGGCUUCUGAGCUUCAUUUUCUUUCAUUCUCAACAGAUCUGUGAAGGAUUUUAAAGAGUCAUCUGUUUGACAAAAGCUGGUUGUAAAUACAUUGCAUCUGUGUAUACAAACUUCUCUACAAUAAAAGGGUGUUUCCUCAA